UUGGGCAAACUAGCCAAGAAGAAGACGAUUCUAUGCGGAAGUAAAAAAUAAAAAAAUUGGUUCUAUGCGGAAGUGGUGGCUUAUUGACUUUUCCCAACUCGAUCUACUAUCGCAUCCUUUUAAGGACAUAGGUCUUGCAUCAAGGCACCAUACCAUGACUGACCUUUGGCAGAAUGCCAUGGACCAUGCUGUGGCUCUGGCCAGGAAAGCAGGCUCACUUGUAAGGGAUGCAGUACAGAAUGACAUGAAGGUUAUGUUGAAGAGUUCUUCUGUGGACCUGGUGACUAAAACUGACCAAAAGGUGGAGCAACUCAUUAUAGACUCUGUGAAGGAGAAAUUCCCCACGCACAGUUUCAUAGGCGAGGAGUCGGUGGCUGCUGGAGAGCCCUGUGUUCUAACUGACAACCCAACCUGGAUUGUCGACCCGGUAGACGGAACCACUAACUUUGUCCACGGAUAUCCAUUUGUUGCCGUGUCUAUUGGCUUUGCAGUCAACAGAAAGCUGGAGUUUGGAGUGGUGUACAGCUGCAUAGAAGACAAGAUGUACACAGCCAGGAAAGGGCAGGGGGCCUUCUGCAAUGGACAGCUCCUUAAUGUGUCAGACCAGAAAGAAAUCAGCCAGUCUAUCAUUGCUACUGAGUUUGGUUCCAACAGGGACACAGAGGUGGUUGACAAAAUCUUCUCCAGCAUGAGGAAGAUCCUGUGUUUACCCAUCCACGGGAUUCGAGGUGUGGGCACAGCGGCCACAAACAUGUGUCUGGUGGCGUCGGGCUGCGUGGAGGCCUACUACGAGAUAGGGAUUCACUGCUGGGACAUCGCUGCCGGGGCCAUCAUAGUCACAGAGGCAGGGGGCGUCCUCAUGGAUGUAGAUGGUGGACCAUUGGACCUCAUGUCCAGAAGGGUUGUUGCUGCAAAUAACAAGAUAAUUGCUGAAAGGAUUGUCAAAGAGAUUGACGCGUUUACCCCUCUGCGAGAUGAUGCAUCUACAGAGACAGAAGACUGAACAAGGAAUAAUUGCUAUGUUUUAAGUCAUAUUCUUAGAAAAAAAAAGUGUUUUGUAAGCUUGUUUUAUUUUUUCUCCAAAAGAUAUCACUGUUCUUGAACAAUUCUGGUCAUUUAAAACCAAACUUUUUGUCCUAGCAUUUUGUGUUUUAUAUGUUUUUAAUGAGUUUAAUUAUGUUUUUAAUUAGUUCAUUUUGAAAUAUUAUAAUUGUUUUAUGUCAACUGAUCAGGAAGAUCAUUUAUGUUUUAAGACAGUACUGUAUAUGUAUCACCAGUCAUGUAUGUAAAAAAAAAAUAUAUAUAUUUUAUUUGA